AUGACACCACCACCAGGAGAGGCAGAAUCAGCACUAAGGCCGGAAGAUAUGGAACAAUUACCUUCCUAUGGACAAUUUUACAAGAAGUUUGAUACAGGCCGCACAGGUUGUGAGGCAGAACCUUGGGUCCAAGGCUUGAAGGACACUGUAGAUGGGCAUCAUUCCACUAUUGAAGUACAUAUGGAUAAGAUUGUAGGAGCAUGGUGCUGCAUGUCUAAAAUGCCAGAAGGCAACAACCUAAACUAUAAUGAACGUUGUAAUUUUUUAUAUUAUUGGAUUGGGGACUUCCUAUUCGGGGAAUUAGGGGAUGAUGCUGAAAUAGUCAUGGACCUCCUAAAUUCGAUCUGUAAAUAUAUAAAGAGUACGUAUCCGAAGGAGAAGGACAAAGUUAUUUGUGAAACUAUCGACAAAGACAAAUUCAAACGUAGAAAAUUAAUUUUCGAUUAUUGGCAUGACUACACUACAUUAAAGGGCCUUAUAAGUAAAAGUGGUGACAAUUGUACUAGUAAAUAUGGUAUUUAUCUUGGAACAGUGGAACAGGCCUAUAGUGGAAUCCAAAAAUUCUGUCAGAGUAACCAGACUGAUCCAUACUGUUCCGAAUUCAACAAACAGUGCAAUCAGUAUUGUACCAAUGGAAAACUAAAUUUAAAAUGUCCUUCAGCAUAUACGGAACAGCAGGAGGACACUACAUUGAAAGCUGUUACCUCACCUACAGCUAAUUCAAUAGGUACCACCGCCGCUGCCAUACCUUCCGCACUAGCUACAUUAGCAUUACCAGCGGCUGCUUUCUUCUUAUAUAAGUACAAUCUCCUACCUUCCUGGAUAAGUAACCAAUUUAAUGGAGGCAGUAAUAAAAGGAGAGGGAAAAGAUCCGCCAUCAGACACAACUUCGACACUUCCACGGAUGACAAUUCCACACUGUAUUCAACAGAAACAGGUUCAACACCGGACACUUCUACACAUUAUUCAACAGACUUGUCCACAACAGAAACAGACAAUUCUACCAUAUAUGGUGAACAACCCUCCGGAAGACAUAGGACAGAACAGCAGCAACAACAUCAGCGAGGGCAAAGAACCAAUAUACGUUAUCAUCCCUAG